UAGGGUGUCCGUGUUGCGUGUUAACAGCAGAAGGUCAGUCAGAUUACGGUCUGUUCACACCUUUCAGCCGUGGUGGUGUCCCUAACGCAUGUACACGGGUACCCAUAGGGUACCCAUAUAUGGUGUGAGGAAACCAUGACAGAGACUGGACUCCACAGUCUGGUCAAACCAUCAUCGGAGGAACAGCUAGCUGUCGAAUGUCUUUGUAAUCAUCUUCAGCAUCUCAAAAAUCAUGAUAGCCAUUUCUAUGAAAACCAAUCUUUCUUGUCGGAGACCCAAAUAUUUCUUGAACGCCUCCGUACGGUAUGUACACCAGAGAGUUUUGACACCGUCCAAGUGCCUGGCUGGUUGCCAUGCCUACAGAGUCUCAUUGUGACCGUGUCAGAGACCCUGUAUGUUGUGCUGUCAUCCUACGUUUGUAAGAAGGCUGCAGACGAUGUUAUUGUCAUACCUUCCAGAGCAAAAGAUCAGCUAAAGGAACUGCUGUUAUGGAUAAGAGACAUCCAAAAAGUGGUGGUCGCAAUGCAACACGGAAUGGUUGACAUGAUGGAGGCUAAGGAGUCGAGAAGCGCUGUUCCUGUUCGGGACUCGCAACAACUGGCCCAUCGAUCCCAGCAUGCACUGGACAUGUUAGAGGGGUGUCAUGUCCUAUUGGCUACGGUUUUAGAGAUGGUUGAGAGGAAGUGUACAUUUGAAGUGCGGUUCUUUAACACAGCCUCUGUUACUGUGGGCACUAUAUCCGUUGGUAGAUUUGCUUGGAGUCUAUGGCAAGGAGAAGGGCUUGAGGAGGUCAUCCACGCUGGUCUGUGGUCAACAUGUAUGGGGUUUACAGCUGCCCUAUUUCAGGUCCCUAGGGUCAGGGUGACAGACAUCCAGACCCAAUUGGUCAGACAUCAAAAGUUACGAAAGAAAAUAAAGAAAAUGUCCGCUGGUUGGAAGAAAAACCAGGACUGGUCAUACGCAAAGUUUGUACAUAUCCCGUCCCCUAGAAAUGGCGCUCGACUGUGAAGCAGGAAGCUUGAUACCAUAUUUUAUUAACGAUAAGCUCUUGUUCUAGAUUUUAAAAGAUCUUAUCCCUGUUAAUUCUGUAAUUAGAAACUUAGUCUUUGGGAAACAGUUACUUUGAAUCGAAAUCAGUUAAAUUUUACCAUAGGAUACUGUAUACCAAAUUAAUUCUAAAAAGCAACUUAACCAACAAGUUGUAAUUUUCAUGUUUUGAAUAUCCUAGUGAUACCUGUAGGACAUUUUAUGUAUUUACCCAGCUAUCGAGCAGGUGGUCCUGGUCAAAUCAUGUCAGCUGAUGGAAAAGCUAUCAUUGUUUCUUCAGUAAUCUAUGUUUAAAAUGUCCGGUUUUUAGAACCAGAACCCAGUUAUUCUAAGAUAUGAUUGUGUAAUCAGUUAUUCUGGUGUACAUGUAUACCUUAUUGAUAUACCUGCCUCUGAUUCAUUCACAUGAUAUCAUGAUGUCCUUCAUUGGCUAGACCAAAUACAUAACUACAGAGUUUCUUCUUAAGAACUUACAUUCCAAUAUCGGACUUUGUGGAGGUAAAUGCUUUUCAUAUGGGCAAAGAUGCUAGCCAGGUUCUAACAUAUUGAAAUUUCUGAUCAUACUUUGAUGCUCGUUUCACUUCUUAAGUUGUCAAAGAAACUGGUGUGACUUUCUUUUGCAACAAACGAAUAUAUACAUCUUAGUCAUUUGGUUAAACUUCUCACUUUUUACGUUUUCGAACGUAACAGUGACAGUUAUAAUAUUCGGUAUCAAAUGUACCUCACCUAAUGCUUUUUUGGUUGCAUACAUAGCACCCAUUGUACAAUUUUCGUACAUGUUGUUGACUGUUUGCUGUAGAGGUAUUCAAGCAGAUUAUGGUCAGUCCUUAAUUCAAUAGUGAAUAGUGCCACUCUGUCAAUCUUAGAUACUUACUAUUCUGCUGUUGAAUAAACCGAAACCCAAAGCUGCUGCUCACAACCCCACGCAAAAGGUUUGUUCUUUGUCGGCUCCUAUGCAAAGCAGAUACUGCAUGUAGCCAGAUCAGGACUAAACUGUUAGUAUUACCUCACUCGCAGUUUCAGGUUCUUGUGCAUUGAGAUUAUUUUUUCUUUGACUUUAAGCUGGUACAAUACAUACCCUGAGUAGAACAUUUCCAAUGAACUUUUUUUUUUCAUUCGGCAUGCUAAACUUUCACGUGGAAAUGUUCAAAGUAAGACCUGAAUCAUGCGAGGCUAAUUGUAUCACAACUCUCUCAUCAUGUUUACACUUUCAAUAAAUCGUUCUUGUUUCUCUGAUUGUUCCAACGCUCUGCCACUUCCAUAAGUUGAUGUAGUGUUGGCAUUUUUCUAAUGCAAGGUAUAUGUUAAAUCACUGGUUAGUAUAAAUGUGAAUGUGUACACAUCUGAUACUUUGAAUAACUGGGUCAAGUUUUAUAUGAGCUGUACAUACAGUAGUCAGGGAAUUGUUAUUGUUAGUCUUUAACUUUCUAAAACUUAUUACAUAUAUAUACAUUAUACUUUAAAUGUAUCUUUUUCAUAGAUUUUAUAUAAUAUUAUCUGGGAGGCACGGUAGUCUGGUGGUAGGAUUGAGCAAGAUACUUUACUCCGCUUGUUCAUUCCAAGUUUGAGUGAGAUGGCACUUUCUUAGGCACAAAAAUUUGAGCCUGAGCAUGAGAAUAUUUUCAUGAAUGUGGAGCCUGGUGUUAAAUAUGGGGCCUUGUGUAGCUAUAAUUUUGAAUAGCAGUCUCACUUUACCCUAAACUGACAUUACUUUUGCUUCACUAACGUUUGUCUUCCAGAUUAUUGAUAAGUUCACCCUCAGAUUGUUUUACUCAACAGUGUUUUUUCUCUUUUGUUGAAUUUGACUUCACUUUCAAGAACGAAUAGGGUGCUCAGGAUUUCAUUUCGUUUCUUUAUUUGCUGAAGUUUUAUAACUUUUGGCAAACAUUUCUAGUUUUACUGUACCUACUUCAUACAUAUAUACAUAUUUUGUACACAACAUUUGUACAGCACUCUUUUUUUGUGUUGCAAACUUUUCAUUUACUAGAACUUGUAUAUGUUUUCUAUGAUACCCGAGAAACUUUUAUAUAUUUUUUGUGAUUUAUUUAUAAUUUGAUUCCUAUUGCGGUGCUUUGGUUUCUUGUAAACUCAGUUUGAUUAUAAAACAAUAUUUCAUGUUAAUUAUGAUAACCAAGAAGGGUAUUUAAAACAAGAUUUUCAUUUUAAUAACAAUAAUCAGAGGGAAUAUAAAAAGGUAUAUAAAGUGUUGUAAUGAAGAUCAGAACAAAUACAAAAAUGUAUAUAUGUUACAUUUCUUACACAAGUGCUUUUGCUUAACUAAGAAUAAAUAUAUUGUGUGCAUCUCCUUUUUGAAGAGUUAUCAAUGAGGAAAUGUGUUGAAUACUUUUAUAAAUAGGUUAAUUUUGAUUUGAUUGAUGAAUUGAAGAUACAUUUUCAUGGUACUUUUUAAAGAGGUAAACCGAGGACAGUUUACAAGGGAGAUAACUCUAAUAAAUAUGUUUAAAGGAGAUAAAUCUGACGAUCCGUGUAACUUAAUAAGUACAUCAAGAAAUGAUAGUUGAAGGGAGAUAGUUCUAACAUAUCAGGUGUGUUUAACUCUAAUGCUCCAAUAUGAUGUACAGGAUAUAUAUAUAUAUGUAUAUAAAUAUAACCAACAUCACAGAUAAAGUAGGUAACUCAAGCACAUAACAAGUUUGAUAUAUAUAUAUGGUAACAUGCUUUGUACAUCAUAAUAUGUGUCUGAGGAAAGUGUCCUUAAGGUGACAAUCUAAAGAAAAUUGAAAGCUUGUGAAUUCAUUACAGCUUCUUCUUUGAUUGAUUAUCAGUUCAUAAUGAUUUUAUAUUUUUGUUGUUUUAUCGGUUAUUGAUGUUAUUUGGUCAAUUUCUAUAUUGACUAGAAACUUUGUACAUUUGUUUUUAAAAUAUUGUGAUUUGUAUGCUAAAUGGCAAUAUUAAUAACAGUAUACAUGAUCAGAAUAAGGAUGGUAAUUUUGUUGUUACUAUCAAUUUUCUUAAGGUUAUCAUUACGUUUAAUAAAAGAACAAAUCAGGGUUUUGGACAUUUUAUCUUAUAUUGAUUAAGCAGUCAUACAGCAAUAUAUUGCUUUAAUAUUAAAUUGUUAUGUAUCACUCCAGCAAUUGUUCAAAAUGACAACUUUUUGUUGUGAUUUUUCUUUAGUGUAAUUAUUUCUUUGUAAGAUGUGUGCAUUGUUGUUGAUUUGUAGAUUGAUGUUGAUGUAUAUUGGUUUUGUUAUCAUAAAAUGCACAGUUCUAUUUUAAAAAUAGACAUAUCAGUAUCUUUCUAGAUACUUGUUAUCUGUAUGUAGUUAUUGUAUGUUAUGUUAUCUUAAAAGGGUUAUUAUUAAUUGAAGAUCAUAUAUCUAUAUCAAUUGGUAUCCAGAGGUUAGUAAUAUAUAGAGGUUUUACAUUUAUUGCCCUUCUUUUCUUCUCCAAAUUCAUCUUGAGGACAUGGAAUCAUGUUUCCGCUAUGCAAAGGAAAUAAAUAUUUUGUUAUAACUAAAUAAAAUAAUAACACCAGUGAAGUUGGGGAGGCCUUUGAGCUAAUGUUGUUAUCUGCUUCAGUCAUGCAGAAUGCAGGUUUGGUGUCUCUUGCUUAUUUUUCUAGAGAGGCUCUUAAUAAGGAAAAUAUGACCAGGGAAAUUUGAGCAUGCGAGGAAACAAAAUGUAUUAUUUCCCUUUCAUGUGAUCAAUAUAAUCAGACCAUCUGUAAGAUGAAGUAUAAUAUAAUUGUUAUCUGAAGGUAGUAUGGAUAUAUUAAUGAGAUAGUAUGGCUUUAGUGGUUGGUAGAAAUGUCGUACUAUGUUAUCUAAAAGUAGGGUGUAAUCUAUCAAAACCAAACACCACUGCCAGGGACCAAUAUUGUAAAUCUCAAUCAACAGAGUUUGUACAAAUUCAUUGACAAAGACAUUUCUACAAUGGGUUUAACCCUUUCACCACUGUAUACCAUAAUGGACUUAUCCAGAUCAACGCAUGGUAGAGUUAAUUAAAGUUACAUAGGAGUGAAAGGGUUAAGCUAAAAAACCAAUAUAAAAGAACUUUAGACAAAGAUUGUAUAUGCAAUAAUCCAAUAAAGUGAUUUGAGUUUGAAAAACGCCAAUGAAAUCUUCCAUAAGAAUAUAAAUUGCCCAAUUAUCAUUUUGCAACUUUUUCUGAAAAAAUAAUUACUCUGUUAUAAGUCCUUUUAAGUUGUUGUCUGAAUUGUAUUGAUUUCAGUUACCCAGAUAACAUUGUACACAGACAUACCUACUUCAGAUGGAAUUGUGUAAAGUGAACUUGUAUGACAGCUAACAAAACCAUUACCAAUGUUAGUAGUAGCUGUUAUAUAUCCUUUGUUAAGUUUUUAUUUGUUAAAUGUUUUACCCUUGUUUGUCUUGUUUUACCCUUGUUUUACCCUUGUUUGACCCUGAGUGUGAGUCAAUAGUAAUUUUAAUAUAUAUAUAUAUACACAGACCUACAUAGCUAGUAUAAACAAUUUUGUAAAUUUUUAUAGAUUUUUUUUCGGAAAAAAACACCUCCUGCAGCAAUAUUUUCCUAUUUGUGAAGUAAAUUUCAAAUGUAUCAAGUUCCAUAAUGUAACAGGUUUAUCAAACGGCUAUUUACUAUUUUCAUUUUUUGUUACCGUUGGUGAUUGUCUUGAAUACCCCAAAAGUAACAGAUUUCUCCAACACCUUGAUUGGAAUUAACAUGUAAGAUUUUGUUUUAAUGAUAUCAGAAUUCCUAAUGCUGUAUAUAAAUACAUAAAUAAUAUUAAUGAGAAACAAAUUUUUCCAAUGUUAAUAUUCUCGUUCAUGUAAAUGAAAUUGAGUCUCUGUUGACUUGUAAUAGGAUUAAUGGAAGUACAUGGUGAUAAAAAAAAAUAAAAAAAUUGAGAACCAAUAUUAUAAUAAGAUCAUAUGUUGAAAAGAUUACGGAACUUGAUACACCCAAUCUGGUGACAACCACAAAGUUCUAUUGUAUACACUCCAUCAACUCUCAUUGAACGGGUACCUUGUAAUAGGCAACCAGCAAUUUAGCCUAUAUUUUCAAAAUUUUGUUUUGAUGUUAUAUACUUGUACAUACAAUGCAAUGAGCUGCCAUAUAUAAAUGUUAAAUGUUUAUGAGUGUAGUUAUGUAUUAUGGGUUGAUUUUUUCAGAUUGAUCUCUGAUUUCUUGAGCUUUGCCUUUUUGUUUUUGUUCUCUACAUUGUAAAUAAAGAUUUUUUAAUUGCUUUAGGUUCAGGGAUUUGUAAUGUACAGAUAAUGAGUAAGACAGUGGAAUGCCAGUUGUGAUAUUUUGAUAAGCCUAUGAGAUCAAUUAUAGGUAGCACUCUCCUUAUGAUAAUAGACAUCUAUCAGAAAUAGAAUGUACAAUUUAAUUGAAGCCUUACAGUGAGUUCUGAUAGUAUGCAAAUAUAUACUUCUUUCGAAAAAAAAAAAUGCCAUUGGUGGCCAUGAUGUUUGAUAUAAUAAAUAUUCAAAUAAUUUUAGAGGAAAUUUACUUUAAAAAGAAAUAGAUUGACAAUGUAAUACAACCGAUAAGGAAGAUAACUGCAACAAAUAAAAACAGUAACACAACGAAUUCUCCAUGGGCAAUAGCUAUGGUGUACUAGAUGAAUGAAGAAGAGACAUAUUGGUCAAAAGUCAAAAUACAAUUAACAAUGAAAAAGACCUAUGAAUACAAGUUGUAUGUUCUUAAGUAACUUUCAAUUUAUGUUCAGUUUAUAAAGAAUUCGUUAUUUUAGAGGAAGAUAAAAAUGGAUGUGAAAUAUUUCCAGUAUUUCCUAAAAAAAAUCUGUGUCAAAUAGUAAAGGAAAAAGCAACAAAAACUGAUAUGUAGUAUUUUAGAUUUUAUUGUAGACGAAUUAUAGAUAAAGAAUUUCAUGUUACGAAUCCUAAAAAAAUGACUGGCAGGAUGUUUGUCACUUUAUAUAGAGAAAUAAUAACGGAGAGUGCUGCCUUAAGUGGAGGUCACAUUUAGCAGAAAUGGGGCGUUUCCAACUACAUAUAUUAAAUUUAGCUGGUAAAUGUAUACACAUUUUCCUUUCUUUUCAGAUGAAUGGAUCAAUUUCUUUAUUACCAUGUAUACUAUUAUUUACAGUUCUGUACUAGCUAAAUUCAAAUACAUGUGUUUUGGAUAGUGUGUGGUGAUCUAAUAUUAAUUAUGAUAAUUGCGCGACGUCAGAUAUUUUGAUGUCGGGACAGAAGUGGCAUUGUAUGAUUUACAUCACGCUGAUAAAGUGUAAUAAAUA